CUCAGGUCAUGUGAUAAUAAAUCGCCGCCAUAGGAAAAUUCAUUAAAAAACGUAUUCUUUCAGUAAAAUCAACUUUGUCUAAAAAGUCAAAUUAUUCAUUUUUAAUAAAGUGAUUAAGUGUCUUUUUAAUAUGACUGAAAAAAUAAUGAAGUGAUUUUCUGAUAAAUAAAAUUUACAAUUAUCGUGUAUGAUUAUUUUUUUAUUAAGACUUGUCUGACGCACUUUCAUUUUACGCUCAAGUUUGACGUAUGUGAGUGGCCAAGAUGGUGGCUAACUGAUAGUGACGAAAAAUCAAGUAGUGAUAACGAAAUCGUCAGUGUUUUCUACAUCUUUUAUUCAACAAAAUUGAUAAUUUCACGAUUGUGCCAAGAAAAUAAUAGUACGAAGAAUGCUGCAAAAUCAGAAGCAGCCAAAACGUCUAACAAUCUCAAAAUAGAUUAUGAAGACAGUUGAGUUUUCGAAGAUGUCAUGAACGAAUAAACAAAUUAUCGUGGAUAACUUCCGUGCGCGCGCGCAUUAUCACAAAAGCCAACAAUGUCUAAUAAUUGUGCUGAAGAGGAAGCUGUGUCAUCUGGAUUUCACCAGUUGAGCGUUAGCAUCGAAGCAGCAAUAUUGAGGAGUUCAUCGUUUUUAAAACCAAAUCCGUACAUCGAAUUUUCAGUUGACGAGAAAAGUCCUCGUAAAACUGAGGUCUCAAAAUCUACAUAUCAACCAAAGUGGAACGAGGAGUUUACAGUGCUCGUUACACCUCAUUCACAAUUGCAUUUUCGUCUUCUUGAUCAUAGUACAUUCCGUAAAGAUACAUUAAUUGGUGAAAAAAAAUUAAGUCUCUAUCAAAUUUUAUCACAUUAUAAUGGAAAAAUUGAAAAUCUCGAAUUAACACUCGAUUUAAUUGCCGAGAGUAGUAAACAUGAAUCUCAUUUGGCAAAAGUUGGCGAAUUAGUCACAUUAUUUGAUGGAUUAAAAAUUGACAUGACAAAUGUCACGCCACCAGGUGAUAUUAUGAGACAAUAUCAAUGUUCCGUUAUUAAUGGCAGUAAUAAUUCAGCCGUUCCCCUUGGUGCCUCGAAUAGUGACGCGGCUAAUAAUCGAAGUAUUUUAAAUGGUGGUGUUCGAGCACGAUUGAGACUUCAGGGAACGGAAAAUGCGGCGCCUUCGUUGAGUUCAUCAUCGCAAGGGGCAAUAAAUUCAAAUAAUCAAUUAGUUGGAGUUAAUAGUCCCGUGGUUACAAAUGGAACAACGAGUAAUCAUAAUUCGUCAUCAGCGAGUAAUAAUGUUGUGGUUGUUGUGCCACCGACACCAGUGCAACCACAAACAUCACAAUUGGUUGUACCAUCAAAUCAAUCGACAACUGUUAAUACUAGUGAUACUCCAUCGGCUACGAACGAAAUAGAAAAUGGAAAUCAACAACAAGCGGCAGCAUCGGCCGAGGAACCAUUGCCAAACGGUUGGGAAAUGCGAUACGACGUUUAUGGUAGAAGAUACUAUGUGGAUCAUAAUACACGUAGUACAUCAUGGGAAAGACCACAACCAUUGCCACCUGGUUGGGAAGUAAGAAGAGAUCCACGUGGACGUAUUUAUUAUGUCGAUCAUAAUACAAGAAGUACAACGUGGCAGAGACCAAAUACAGAGAGGCUGCAACAUUUUCAACAAUGGCAGGGUGAACGACAAUUUGUCGUACAACAGGGAAAUCAAAGGUUUCUCUAUCCACAGGCAGCGGGUGCCAAUCAUCAUCAUCAUCAUCAUCAUCAUGGUGCGCCAAUGGCCGUUGCUGGACCAUCGUCAACAUCAGCAACAGCAACAACAACAACACAAUUGGCGACAGUUGACACUGAAGACGAUGCAUUGGGACCAUUGCCAGCCGGUUGGGAACGAAGAAAACAGCCCGAGGGACGUGUUUAUUACGUUAAUCAUAAAAAUCGCACGACCCAAUGGGAGGAUCCACGAACACAAGGACAAGAAACGGGAAUGGACGAACCACAAUUGCCAGAUGGUUGGGAAAUUCGUUUAACUGAAGAUGGAGUACGAUAUUUUGUUGAUCAUAAUUCAAGAACGACAACAUUCCAAGAUCCAAGACCUGGCGCUCCAAAGGGACCAAAGGGUGCUUAUCGUGUGCCAAGGGCUUAUGAAAGAUCGUUUCGUUGGAAACUCUCGCAAUUUCGUUUCUUGUGUCAAACGAAUGCAUUGCCGAAUCAUAUAAAAAUAAGUGUCAGCCGACAAACUCUCUUUGAGGAUUCAUAUCAUCAAAUUAUGAACGCUGAAGCUUUUGCCUUGAGACGUAGAUUGUAUAUAAUUUUUAAAGGUGAAGAAGGUCUCGACUAUGGUGGUGUUUCAAGAGAAUGGUUCUUCCUUCUAAGUCACGAGGUGCUUAAUCCCAUGUAUUGCCUUUUCGAAUACGCCAAUAAAAGUAAUUAUAGUUUGCAAAUUAAUCCAGCCUCGUAUGUGAAUCCUGAUCAUCUUCAGUAUUUCAAAUUUAUCGGACGAUUCAUUGCAAUGGCACUUUAUCAUGGUCGUUUCAUCUACAGUGGUUUUACAAUGCCAUUUUACAAGAGGAUGUUAAAUAAAAAAUUAAUAAUGAAAGACAUUGAAUCAAUUGAUCCGGAAUUUUAUAAAUCACUCGUUUGGAUAAAGGAGAAUAAUAUUGAUGAAUGCGGUCUUGAAUUGUAUUAUAGUGUGGAUUUUGAAAUUUUAGGACAAGUUAUACAUCAUGAAUUAAAAGAGAAUGGUGAUAAAAUACGUGUUGUUGAAGAAAAUAAAGAGGAAUAUAUACGUUUAAUGACAGAAUGGCGAAUGACACGUGGAAUUGAAGAGCAAACAAAAGCAUUUCUCGAAGGUUUCAAUUCAGUUGUACCACUUGAAUGGUUAAAAUAUUUUGAUGAACGUGAACUUGAAUUAAUGUUGUGUGGAAUGCAGGAAAUUGAUGUUGAAGACUGGCAAAGAAAUACAAUUUACAGGCAUUACACGAGAAAUAGUAAACAAGUUCUUUGGUUUUGGCAGUUUGUUCGGUCAACUGACAGUGAGAAACGAGCGAGGCUUUUACAAUUUGUCACCGGUACCUGUCGAGUUCCAGUUGGAGGUUUUGCUGAAUUAAUGGGAAGCAAUGGACCACAAAGAUUUUGUAUAGAAAAAGUUGGCAAAGACACUUGGCUACCAAGGUCGCACACAUGUUUCAAUCGAUUGGAUUUGCCACCAUAUAAAAGUUACGAUCAAAUGGUGGAAAAAUUGAAUUACGCUAUCGAAGAAACGGAAGGUUUUGGACAAGAAUGAUUUCCCUCUAGACAUAAAGUACUGAAUAUUCAAAAGCCAAACUCCCUCAAGUUGUAUAAAACUAGAAAUCACCUGACUGUCGUUAAUUAUAACUGUAUACAAGUGGUAGCAUAAUUGUUCUAAUGUUUUGUAGUGAAAGUUUCACAGGAAUGAAUCAGGAUUUUUAUGAAAGCAAAUCUUUCAAUUUAUUCGCAAGUCAAAUUCGUAAGUUGAACUUUUUUUUUGUUAAAUAUAAAAUUCCACUUUUACAUUUAUUGAAAGUCAAAUUACCUUUUUUAAACACUUUAAUACUUAAAUUCAAAAAACCAGAAUUAUAAUUCAAUUUUAUCUUGAUAUAUUAUUUGUUUACAUAAAAAUCCAUUUAAAUUUCUGUUAGGAAAGAAAGAAAGAAAGAGAAUGUGAAAAGGAACAGAGAGAAUUUCUUUUUGUGUAAAACAUCCAUUUUUCUCGAAUUUUUAUUAUUUUCUCUUUCUUUAUAAAGCGUGUGUUAAAUUAGAAAAUUUCAAUCUAAUUGAAAUUGCAGGACAUACAAAUUUUUAGCUAUUUUUUGGCAAACAUUAUUAUUCCUUUUAACGAUACAUAAUUGAGUCCCUGGAACGAGAAUAUAAUGUUUUUCUUUCCAAUGAGUAUUUGUAAAUAUUAAAAAAAAAAAAAAAAAUUAAAUCUUAUUUAUCACAGGGACAAUAAUAUUGUGUAUACUGUCUGGAACAGAUUUAUAUAGACAAAAAGAAAAAAGAAGAGAAUUUUCUCUUUUUUUUUUUCUUGAAAAAAAGAAACAAAUUUUAAGAUUCUUCAAAAUCUAUUUUUUUAAUACUCUUUUUUCUAUAGAUUCUCAAAACUUCUUUCCUUGAGAUUUAUUUUCUCAAGACAUGUUAGUAAAUUUUUUCCACGAAGAAUCUUAAAAUUGAGAUAUUUUAAUUUUAUUUCUUUUUUCCCAUAAUUUAUCGCAUAAUAGUUAAUAUAUGAGAAUUUUCUCAUAAAAAAAAUUAAUUUCCAUCUGUACAGUACUAUAAAUUGUACAAAAAAGUAAUUAUAAAUUAUUUAAGAGAAAAAUUAAAAAAUUUUAAUUGACAUUUUUAGAUUUAUUUAAAUGUUUUUGAGAAAUCAAUUUUUAAAAGCCUUACCGAUAAUUAUUUCUCUCAUUGCAAAAAUUGUAAUUGGAAUUGAAAAGAGAGAAAUUUUUUAUUAGAAUAACUUUUUCGAUUUUCAUUUUAUAAUAGAAAUUUUUUUUUGAAUUACUAGGAAAAAUGUUAUUUACCAGAAUUAAAAUCAAAAUUAUAAAUUUCAAGCAAUUGGCGAUCAAAUACAAUUUUUAUUAAAUUAAAUUUAAAAAAAUACAUUUUUAAUUUUAAGUAAAAUUUUCUUACCGAGUAAAAAUUUAGUCAAAUUUUGAAUAUUACAAAACAUAUUUCUCAGAAUUUUUUUUCUAGAAUUUCCUAUACUUUUGAUUGUUUUUUAUAAAUAUUGUAAACGAAUUUAAAAAAAAAUUUAUUGUUUCCCUUUCUAAAAUAUAUAUAAAUACAUCUUUGUUUGUAAAUAACUUGUAUUAUAGAUAUAGAUAUAAAAUUUAUGCACCGAUACAUUUAUUAUACACAUUGCUCCUGCGCUUUUAUGAUAAAUUCAAAAAAAUUUUUUUUAAAGAUUUUUCCUUUCCAAAUUUCUUGAAAAAUUGUCGAUUAUGUAAAUUCAAUUUUCGAGAAAUUUCACAAGGAUAAAUAUAUAAAAAAAAAUUUUUGUAAUUUAUUUCUUUUUUAAGCAAUUACAAACGUAGCGAGUAUUCAUUUUGUAGAUUAAUAACAUGCGCGAAAUGUUUUGUUUUCAUGAAACAAAAAAAAAAAAAAAAAAGAA